GUGUAAACACGCUACACACAACCGACGACGUUAGUACCAGUUCUAUGCUGGUCAAAAGUGAGACGUUCAUAUGCGAGUGGCGUUGGCAGAAAACAGUGUUGGCAAUGCAGGAAAAAUGGAGGUAGCCAAAUCAAAAGUGUGAGAAUUAGAAGGUGAAAUGAAAUGAGAGUGAAGCUUGGUUUAGCUGUUAGGAAGCUGGGAAUAAUCAUCGCUAUUAUUGGGGGAGAAGUGUACGAAACUGACUGGGAAAAUGUGAGCGACUGUGAUUUUCUUUAGUAUGGGCGUACGUUCGUCCGUUUCUCCAUCUUCUUCUUGACCUUCUAGUCAUGCCAAGAUCCUCCUCACAGGUGCCUCUCACACUGUACCGUGUACCUCGACGGUGAAGACUACUGACUGACUGGCGGCGGGUUGCCUCCUCCUGUUAUAGGGUGAGGGACACACGAGUUAAAUGUGCUGCUAUUCGCGUAGUUAAACUAUGAAAUAAAAGUGUUUAUGUUCAUACAACGAAACCAACUUUACGAUUGGGCCUUGUCUUGAAACCCAGGCGAAUAAAUGUGCUGACUAGACUUUACGAGGAAAACGUUUUAGAAAGUUUGUUUUAAAAAAAGGAGGUUUAAGAACGUUUUCUCUUGCCGGUUCGGCUUCGCUAAAAUGCCUUCGCAAGUGUCUGAUAUCGAGAUGGAAAAUGCCAAUGGAGAGGACGCCCUUCUGGGUUCGACGAGAGAUGGCGCCGUUGUCAGAGCCGCUAAUGGGGUCGGCCUGGAACCACUACCGGAGAUACCACCAAGGUCUGUCGAGAGCGCUCUGAGGAGGAAAAGGAGCUCUUUACGAAGAACAUCAGCUUUGAGACGCGAUGGCGUGGCCGCUCGCAUGCUGCCGGACCAGGAGAUCCCCGUGGGAGUGCUGGAGACAGCGGCGGACAGGAAGGCGCGGAAGAGGUCCCACUACGUCGUCUACGUCACCUGCUUCGUCAUGAGCAUCGGCUUCUCCAUCGUGCUGACCGGCGUCUGGCCAUACCUCCAGCAGGUGGAUCCCAUCGCUUCACGGGAGUUCUUGGGAUGGGUAGUCGCGGCCAAUCCACUCGGACAGAUGUUGGCGUCUCCAGCCUUCGGUCUAUGGGCUAACAAGGCCGAGUCGAAUCGCGGUGCCUUCAUUUUGACCAUCAGUUGCUUUAUAGCGGGUAAUAUAUUUUACGCCAUCUUGGGUACCUUUGGAGCCUCGUCCAAAUCUGUGAUGAUCUUCUCUCGUUUUGUUGUAGGAGUUAGUUCCGCCAAUAUUGCUGUCAUCAGGUCUUACGUAGCAGCGUCUACAACCUUAAGUGAAAGAACGACUGCUGUUUCAUUCAUCUCGGCUUCACAAGCAAUGGGUUUUAUAAUUGGCCCAGCCAUCCAGUCAGCGAUAGCAGCAGCAUUUGAUACUUUCGACGUCGACGAGACAAACCUGACGCUGGGCACAAACUCUACAUUUUCCGAAGUUCUUCCACCUGAAGUCGAGGAAAGAGAUAUGUCUGUAGUCUGGAAUAUGUAUACUGCAACUGGCUGGUUUGCUGCCCUUCUAGGAUUUGUGAAUAUUUUCCUGUUCCUUCCGUGUAUCUAUCAGGAAUAUCCAAUCGCAGCUAAAGAAGCUCAGUACCAUAGACGUGAGACCAAUGGAAGUGAUCUGUCACUUCCAAAGCCGGAUUAUCUUAUGCUGGUUGUUGUGUUGAUUAUCGUUUUCAUCAUCCUAGCUAUGUAUGUCCUUCUUGAGACAAUCAUGGUCCCUAUGACCAUGGAUAUGUACGCUUGGUCUGAUAAGCUGGCCAUAACAGUUGUUGGUAUUGGUCUGAGUAUUGGUGGCGUUCUAACCAUUGUGAUGUUCAGCAUUGUUGGGGUUGUGUCUAAGAAACUUGAUGAACGUAAGGUUGUGAUUCUAAUGGGCCUGGUGCCCAUGACACUGUCAGCGUUUUGCUUUUUCCCUAUGGGCAGUACAUACCCCAAAAUGCAGAACUGUACUUUGGACUCUUUGUUUGCUGCUCCUAUCCCAGACAACUACUCUGAUGAAACUACGUUACUCCCUGAUUUCAUUAUUGAGGGAAAGGAGUCGUUUGAUAAUCAAACUAUUAAGUUGGAACAUUUGACUUUUGGUGUCUUGGGAAAUGUUACCGGUGAUGUCUUUCAUACCACUGAAUUAUCUGUUAAAAUGAUGAAUGAAGAUGUGGACCACAUAACUAGUCUUAUGCCUUCUCAUUUCACUGCUGAGAAUCUCUCAAGCCAUGACACACUCUCACGUAGACGCAGGCAUGCCACUGUGAGGGGCUCUUGUCAUGACUUGGGUUGUCCCCAAGAACAGACAUGGUGUCUUUAUACUCCCAUCAUAGAGCGUUCCCAGUUAGGCGUAGCGAGUGUUAUUGCUGUGAUGGGUUACCCGAUAUCUUUUACAAUUCUAAGUUCGUUGUUCUCAAAAUUAUUAGGUCCAAAACCUCAGGGAGUCUGGAUGGGGAUUCUGACCAGCACAGGAAGUUGUUCGCGUGUGAUAGGUCCCAUUGGAGUUUCUUAUGUCUACACAAUGCUAGGCACAAGGUGGACAUUUGGUAUAUUAUUCAGUAUCUUAGCAACCUCGGUGGUUUUAGCAUCAAUAUUUUACCGUAGACUUGUACCUAUGAAAGUUACAGGAGUUUCAGACUCAAAUUCAUAGUUGAUCUUAACAACGCAUAGACUGAGAAAUUGUAAAAAUCUGUUGAAUCCACGGAAAGACCUUGUUAAGGAUUAUUUUUUAUGUACAGUAUAUAAGGUACAAAUGUUGCCAUAUUUAAAAACAUUUCAUCAGCCAAAUACACUUUUUUGUGUAGUAUUGGAGAUGUUCACUUACUUUUAAUCUUAUUUGUUUGAAGGAAAGUGAGUCAUCUGUGUCAAAAUGUCCUUCAAGAAUUGCAGUGUCUUGUUCCUCUGAAAAUCCACACAAAGUCUUCUUAAACACUGCACCUUUAUAAUCUAUGUCUAAUACAGUUGUCAGUAUGGACUUACAUUAUAGUACGUACAUACUGUACGUACAAGAGAAUCAUUGGGAAAAUGACUGGAUUUAAUAUCCCUUUGGGUUGUUUUCACUUGCAGAUCUUAAAGAUUUAUAUAUUAAAAUAACAGAUUUUGUUGGUGUAUAGUUUUGUAAUUUAAUAGAUGUUAUCUGUAUAAAAUUGUAAACCUAUGUUAUGAAAUUUACAUAACUGUACAGUAAAUUGAGAAUAUUAUAUAUUUUAGAACUUUACUCUGUAAUGCAUUGCACUGUUGUUUUGUAUAUAUACUUCUUUCCCAUUUGAAUACAAUAGUUUAACAAAGAAAGUGAUGCAGAGGGGUGAAGCACCUGUGAUCAUAUUGUACUUAGGUCAGUGUAAGACACCUAACACUUGAUUUUGACCAUGCACAAGAACAUGAGAACAUGUCGAAUCUGCGGUUUAAUUCACUACAGUUCUGAUACUUCAGGCAGUCCCCGGCUUACGACGGGGGUUCCAUUCUUGAGACACAUUGUAAGCCAGAAAAUAGUCAAAAUUCCUAAGAAAACCUUGCAUACUUUUAAUGCUUUGGGCUGCAUUAAAAACUAUGUAAACUGCAUCUUUAUUGCAUUUUUCAUCAAAAAACCAAAUAUUUAUUAUUUUCGUUUUGGAGUCUUAUUUCUUCCGCCAGAUCCGCAGCAUAAGCGUUGUUGUAACCUUGCAGUGUCGGAAGCCGAACCCGUCGUAAGCCGGGGACUGUCUUACUUUGGUUUCCAGCAACAGCCUGAAACACUUUCUCAGUUCCCAUAUUUGUAAAAUUAGCUGUCAUAGCUUGUCAUGUGAUAAACCUAGAUUAUUCAUUUGUCUGAAAUGAAACCUUCAUUGUGUGCAGUGCUGUCUUUGGUUCAAUUGAACAUCAUCUGUAGUCACAGAUGGAAAUCCUCUCUCAGGCCAAAUGUUAGACAGCCAUUUAUGCGUACCAUGUUUUGCUGGUUACAGAUUCAAUGUGCAUUUUCCAAAUGUUAAUGACAGCAUAAUUCUGGAUGGUAAGAUUAUUUGUUUUAUCUGGCACAAUCAUGUACAAUAUAUGAAAUAAUUUGUCUUUUCUUUAUUUAUCAUGUAUGAUUCAUUAACAACAAAAAUCAUGAAGAUUUAUGGAUCUUGCACAUAGACUAUGGUUCUUUGAAUCUUUCACAUAAACUGUGGUUUUAACUCCUCUGAUUUGUAUAGUAAACACUGUUGUGUACUUCAGACCCCAAUCCUCUCUGUGUGCUGAUCUCAUUUGCCUCAAACAAGAUUUUGUCAUAAUAUUUUUGUGGUAGUUGUGGGUUUAAUUUUACCCUAGAAAUUUCAUAAGGAGUAGAUCUGUGCUGUCCAUUCAUUUUACUGUCAAAGCUUUGGUGACCCUUGAACAACUGUACUUUUGAAGGCAACUGAGAAAUGCUUUUAACCGACAGCUUUAAAAGAGGAAUAUGUACUUUAUCUUUUGAUUUUCCAUAUUAGUUUGUAGUUACAAGGAGUUACAAGGAUAAGGUUGUCUCAAAGACUUGUUAGUCGAUCCGAGGAGGCAUCGCGUGCUCACUUAUCUCUAGGAGCUUAGAUUCGUUAGUGCUUCAAUUGAACGCUAUAUAUGCGUGGUCAGCCUUCUGCUAAUAUGCAAGUAGAUCUAUGCUCAUAAAUGUGAUUAUUUCUUUUGGUAGGCGAGUCAAUCAUGGAAGUUUGCAGACAUCCAACUAAUGAAGUAAAAAAAUUUAAGGUCAAGAUGUUAAUCGUAAAAAUUUUAUUUUAAUUUUUACUUCACAUCUUUUAUUUCUCUGAUGCUCUACAAAACAUUUAUUUCAUUUUAGUAGUUCACAUUGUUUCACUUACGUAUUUAUUGUGUAUUCGUGGUUAAGAGAUCGUAAUAUCUAAUGGAAAUUUGUAGAUUAAAGUCAUUCAACAGGUAGGUAGAAAGGAAUUCAAUAGGCAGGUUAAAAGGGAGCUUGUCAUUUAGGUACUAGACAGCUUUUUUUUGUGAAUUAUGCAAAUAUUUUUAUAAUGAAUUUAUUUUGGUGCUGCGCAUCAAUGAUAUACGUCCUCACAUUAUGUUUUGUUUUCAGAGUGUAUAUAUUCAUGACAAAAAUCACUGAAGUGAAGGCUGUCAUGUGAUAACUUCUGCCUUAUAUUUUAAGAAAGUGUUUUCUCAAAUUCCUUACUUUGAAAUGCCCUUCGGCUAGAAAGUGGCUUGUACUGGUUAAUGCUAUUUGUACUUCCAAAUGCUUGAUGCAGACAUAAUUUCCUUAGAAAUCUUUAGUCAUGGUUAUGGCUUUACUUUAAUCAGUGCUUGUAACUGUUAGAUGGUGAAAAUUUUCUUAAAGGAUGGUUUGUGCUGUAGGGCACAUGUCCAAAGAAAAUAUUAAAACUGAAACUUGUAUUUGAUGUGUGAAAGUGUAUUCCAGCCCAGUAGCCUCAUUUCCAGUUAAGGUUACGUCCAUGAAUAAGUGAGAAUCCAAAGCAAAGAUAAAAAAUGUGUUUUAUAAGCCGAUAAACUAAAAUCUGAGUUUCUAUGUAAUGUUAAAGAUAGCAUGUGAUUUACAAUAAUGUAAGAAAUAUUGUUUACAUAAGUCCUUUAGUUGUUGAAAUGAUUUUCCAUGUUUUUCUGUUUAUGGCAUAUCUAAGUUAAGAAUAUCUAUUCUUACUAAAUGUAUGUAUGACAGUAGAUUAGUUAAAACAUUAAUUUAUUCAGAAUUAUAUUUUUCAUCUCAUGUGGCACUGCUAGAUAUAGGUUUGCUUUUACUAAGCUUUCCUUUAUUUCUGUGUUAAUAACAAGAGCUAAAAAAUUAAUCAUAUAUGUAAUUUUUUAGCCGUCUGCUAUAAAAGUGAUAAACUCAUGAUGAUAAUUUCGUAUGAAAAAGCUGGAAACUAGUACAUAGUAGGUCCUUGACUCACGGCAGGGGAUCCAUUCCAGCACCACUCCGUAAGUUGAUUUCUGACUGCAAGGCGGUGUUUCACCAUUGUCGGCGCUGACUUGAUGCUUGGUGCCAUAACUGGACGUUGCAUCAAGUUAUGGUUUCAUAAGCGCCGUUAACUCGAUACCUAUUAUUGCCGUUAGUGCCAUCAACGGCACUUACGGCGUCGUAACUCGAUGCAACGUCAAGUUUUUGGCGCUGUAAGAUCAAAUCCGCCGUAAGUCGGUGACUGGUACGAAUUAGUACUUGGUUUCUGUGAAGAGCCCGUUGCCUUUUAGGGAAACUGGGAGACAUAAACAUUAUGCUUCAGAAAUUAAAGUCACGUGUUUAUGACUGUGUCAGUUAGGCCCUUUACUUAAUUUUACACAUCACAAACUGUGUUGCAGUACAGCCUUAUUUUGAGUGGCACGUACAUAUACACCAACUUUAGUAGCAAUUUUAAUGUUCUUAAUUGUUGUUCAUGGACUGAUGUCUGUAGAAGAUUAUGGUAAAUAUAUACACAUUUUAUAUAUACAGUACCUUAAACAAAACAGAAGUGGAAGUUCCUUAUAUGUAAAAAAAACAGAAGUGGAAGUUCCUUAUAUGUAAAAAAAACAGAAGUGGAAGUUUCUUAUAUGUAAAAAAAAAACAGAAGUGGAAGUUCCUUAUAUGUA